AUGGCAGUCGACGAGAUGGAAAUCGACUCGAACCCGACGUCUCACCCCGUGCAGAAGCCGGAGAAGGAACGCAAGCGCAAACACAAGACCAAGGACUCGUCGUCACCGUCGAAGAAGAAACGCAAGCACGACGCCAACCUGAUCGCGGACAAAUCCACCACCCACGAAAAGAAGAGCAAGAAAUCGUCCAAGGGCAGCAAGAAGAGCAGCAGCUCGAAAGCCGUUCCCGCGGCGGCACCUUCGACCCCCGACUCGCCAUACACCCUGACCACCGCGACGCUGUAUCUUCCUCUCUCGCCCAUCUCGAUCUCCCCGACCCAUGCGCUGGCCUCGCUGCUGGCGGAGCACCUCUCGCCGCUGAUCCUCACGUACUACGCCCCCCUGCAGGGCGUCGUCCUGGCCUACUCCAACGCCUCGAUCUCCAGCACCCACCCCGCCGAAUCCAAGUCCGCCUUCACCCCCAACGACCCUAACCCGCAGCCUCUGACCCUCGCCCGCUCCGCCGGCGAGUACGGCGUCCUGUACGUCUACCUCACCGCCACCUUCCUGGUGUUCCGGCCCCAGCGCGGCCAGGUCCUCGAGGGCUGGGUCAACGUGCAGUCCGAGGGGUUCCUGGGCGCCGUGGUCCUGAACCUGUUCUCCGUGGGCGUCGAGCGCAAGAGACUGCCGUCCGAUUGGAAGUGGGUUCCACCCGGUGCAUACGGCGAGGAGGGAGAAGGAGAAGAGACCGCAAACAGUGACGCCGAUGCCGCAAAGACCAAGUCGCAGUCGCAGUCCGACGACGACUCCUCCGAACCCUCGGCCGCGUUCGACCCCGAGAAGGAACACUUCAAGCCUGUCGCGCUGGCCUCCGACGCCAACCCGCUCCUGGACGACCCGGCCUCGACCGAGGUCGACGAGUCCGCCGCCGCGGAGGGCUACUUCCGGUCGGUGUCCGGGCACCGGGUGCGCGGCACCGUGCGCUUCCGGGUCGUCGACGUCGACGUGAUCCCCGGGUCGGAGCGCGAUCGCGGCUUCAUGAGCAUCGAGGGCACGAUGCUGACCCCCGACGAGGAGGCCCAGGUCGUCGAGGACGAGCGCAACGGCGUGAUGGCCGCCUUCCCCGGCGCCCCGCGGAGGUCGUCCAGUCUGCCGAUCCGCACCGACUCCAGGACCGCCAUGUCCGGUGCUCUCCCCGAUUCUUCUUCGACGGCGGCUGAGCCGGAGCCUGAACCCGAGUCUCAACCCGCCGCCCCUGAGCCCGAGCCCGAGCCCGAACAAGCAUCACCGACCAAGAAGAGCAGCAAAUCGAAGAAGAAGGAAAAGGAGAAGAAAUGA